AGAGCAUUAUCUUGAUUCCACAAACUGACGGACCGCCUUGAUGCAGCCAGCGAGUGCAUUUGCCUAUGUUCCCCUCGUUCUCCUCCCUGCAAUAAACAAACGGACCCCCCUUGCGUCGAACAAGUUCGAGGGUCAAACCUGUCCGCGCCUCUGCGCCCUCACCGCAUUAUCUCUGUCCCAAAAGUCGAGCCAUAGAUAUAUCAUAUCAAAUCGUUCCUUUUUCCCUUAUUGACUUGUUGAUGAUUUUUCACCUUCUAAGCAAUGCCAUUGGCACAUCAUUUGUCAGAUCUCCCGGGCUGAGUCGUGCCUCUCGGCGAAGACUCAAAAAAAAGCAAAGGGAAGCCUCGUUUGCGAUCGUCGGAGGGCCCUUCUCUCCUCCCGAGUUGAUACAUCAC